AAAUGAUGCUUUAAACUAGCCGGUUACACGCGAAGUCAGAAGCAGUGAGUCAAUUGUAGUAUAAGCAUUGAAAAAAGUAAAGGUUCAUAAUAUUGUUUUGUUAAUUCGCCUCAAAUUUAAGUAAAUUACUAAAGCCAUGUCAGGAAUUCGACAAUUCUACGAAGGGGAGAAUUUAUUUAUCACAGGGGGAACAGGAUUUAUAGGAAAGAUUCUAGUAGAAAAAUUUUUACGAGAUUUUCCAGAAAUAAGGAAUAUUUACCUUUUAAUACGGGUCAAGAGAGGCAAAACAGCUCAUGAACGCUUAGACGAACUUACCAAUUUACCUAUGUUUGAACCUUUGCGCAAAGUAAAUCCAGAUUUUCUAAGAAAACUUAUACCUAUAUGUGGAGAUGCAACGAAACCUGGCUUGGGGAUAUCAGAUCAGGAUCGAGAAUUAAUCAUAAAGGAGGUCUCCAUCAUAUUUCAUGCUGCUGCCUCAACAAGAUUCGAUGAACUGCUAAGAUUUUCCGUCCCAAUUAACGUUAACAGUGUAAUGGAAAUAAUGAGUAUUUGCAGGGAAUGCACAAAUUUGAAAGCAGCAGUUUACGUAUCCACAGCAUUUAGCCAAUGCAUCUAUGGAAAUAUAAAAGAAAAAGUAUACUCAUUGCCUAUGUCGUAUGAAGAAAUUAACAACACUGUGCAAAUAAUUAAACGAAGAAAUUUAUCAAAGGAGGAUGAAGUUGCAUUCACUAAAAUAUUACUGGGAAAUUUUCCGAACACGUACGUAUUUACAAAAUCAAUUGCUGAAGGAUUGCUGAAUGAGAGAGCAAAAGAUCUGCCAUUUUCGAUCUUCAGAUUUCCUAUCGCUCUUGCAACUUAUAAAGAACCGUUGCCUGGGUGGAUUGAUACUAUUCAAGGGCUUAAUCAAGCAAUGGUGGGGGUUGGACUUGGUAUAAUUCGCCUAUUUAACGUUGAUGGAAAUGCGAAUCUCCAUGUAGUACCAGCAGACUGGACAUGUAAUGCCUUAAUUGGAACAGCAUAUGAGACUGACACUUUCAAAAACAGAGAAAAUCCUGAUGAGUUACCAGUAUAUAACUACGCUGCUAAUGAAAACAAUAUACUUACUUGGAAUAAGUACAGACCAAUCACUUUAAAGUAUACACCUCACAUGAUGCCAAUAAAGGCUGUUUAUUAUCCUUACUAUUUUUUUAUAAAGUCUGCUAGACUAUUUACUUUCCUCCAUUUCAUUUUACACUUUCUGCCAGCAAUAUUGGGUGACGUUGUCUUGAGGAUUUCUGGAAGAAAACCCAUACUUCAUAAAGUGUUCAAAAAAGGAAAUAAAUUUAUAAAAGUUACAAAGUUCUUCACGUUGUGGAAUUGGACAUUCGAAUCUAAAAUGGUGCAAUCUAUGUGGAAUAAACUUUCCGAAGCUGACAAACGUUUGAUUCCUUUUGAUUUGACACAUAUCGAUUGGGAAGAUUUUACUGUACAAGCUUGGCAAGGAACUCUGACGUAUGCCCUGAAAGACUACGCGAGCUCAGAAGAACGAUUUAAUAAAUUUAAAAGAUUGCAGAAAAUUCAUCGAACCAUUCAAAUCUUAGUUGCCGCUAUCAUUAUUUGGUUCAUCUGGAAAUUAUAUUUGGUUUUAUUAUGAAUAUGAAUCAUACUCACAAUUUCAGUUAUAGAAUUUCAAAUUAUUGCUAAGCCUAUGAGGAUUAGUUUAUAUUUAUAUUCCCUUUUGUAAAUUAAAAUAUAUAAUUAAAAUUGUUU